AUAGCGAACAGUCGAGAAGCCAUCCUUCCAGGUCCGAGAGCGCUGCUCGCCUGCCUAGGCCGUCCUCAACAGGCAAAGACGAUACAGUUAUCGCAACGCUACGCUGUAUGUCACCAUUCUAGUGUCCAGCCAUCCAGGCUGCUAGUCAUGCGAACUCAACCCCCGCCUUUUCCCAAAGUUCUCAUCAAAGUUACCAAACCACCGCUGCGGAGGCUGCCAAGAAAAGGAUGUUUUGUUGUCACUCGCAUUGCCUGA